UUGCCAGGGCACCCUUUAAGUCACUUCAGUCAUUAUAAAACUCAAUUUUUUCUAUCAGACCUAUUUUUGUAUUUUUUAGCAGUGACAGCGAAUGCCACAUGGUCCGGUUGGUCACAGUGGUCGGCAUGUUCGGCAACUUGUGGUGAAUCCACGCAAAAACGAUACCGGUUUUGUGAAAAUCCGGAACCUAAGCGUGCCCCGGAUUGUGUUGGCGAUAUGAUAGAAACAAGACCAUGCGUGGUGCCGGAGUGCCCAGGUAUAUUUUUUGAUUUAUUUGCUGUAAAUUUCAAGGGUCCAAGAUUAAUUACAGGGAAGCUCAAAGCUCAACCACUGCUGGCAAAUUGUUCUUGUGGUUGUGUCCUCAGUGGAACUGCUGGAUCAUUUUUUGCUACGGCAGCAGAUGCCCAAGUUUGCGCUGGUAACCAGACUUGGUCAAUGCCUGCUCGUCACAACAAAAUAGUCGCUGAUUUCAAAGUUGUCACUGAUGAUGAAGCUCCUGGAAAAUUGUUCUUCUUCCUAAGAGCUCCAUAUGAGGAAUUUACGCUACGGUUGGAUCGAGCAAUUUUUAUUGUAUUGUGGUACAAAGGAAAUAAUUCGGAGUUGAUGGAAAGGAAAGGAUACACGAUCUCUUAUUCAACCAGAGGUUGCCAGCUCAAGAAACAUUAA